UCUUCAUCAGACAUUAUCCGCCUCCUCGUCAAGUGUUGAUCUUUAGACGAGUUAUGGGGAAAGAGAGCAGCAGAGCCUCGAGCUUGAAAGCAGAGCAGAAAGUUAUUGUUCUCCGUUCGGUCGCUCAGUACUUGGAUCGAUGUGGGUUUUCUAAAUGCUUCAAGAAGCUUCUCUCCGAAGCUGAAAUCGAGAAGAAGGAAUUGAACAGUAGCUUACCGGAUUUAGAGGAAGUUUUCUGCGAUUUUUUUAACAAGAGCCAUGUUGAAGAAUCUGGUGAUGAUAAUGAGGAUGGGAAGAAGAAGAAGAAAGCAGCAAGUGUAGAUGAGAAUGCAUCUGUUGAUCACCAAAAGGACGAGAAGAAAGAUAAGAAGAAGAAGAAAAAGAAGGAACCAGAACUGGAGGUAACUAAGGAGGAGGAGGAGGAGAAGGUCAAAGAGACUGAUGCUGAGAUUGAAGACGGACUGAAAGAGAAAAAGAAGAAGAAGAAGAAGAAAACCAAGUCUGAGUCUUUGGUUGAAGAUGAGGAUAAGGAGAAAUCCUCCAAGAAAAGGAAAAGAUCAGAGCCUGAAGAGACUAAAGAAGAGACCGAGGAGGAGGAUGAUGAUGAGGGAUCAAAACGGAGGAAGAAGGAAGAGAAUGUAGUGGAAGAAACGCCUGUUAAGCAGCAGGCUGAUGAUGUUCAGGAAAACGGUAACGUUGAGAAAAGCGAAAAGAAAUCAGGAAAAGGCCUUUCUAACUCUAAAGAGCCGAAGAAACCGUUUCAGAGAGUGAACGUUGAAGAGGUUGUCUUCACUGACGAGAGGCUAAAAGAUAACUCUUACUGGGCAAAGGAUGGUGCUGAUUCGGGUUAUGGUGCUAAAGCUCAAGAGGUUCUAGGUCAAGUCAGAGGAAGGGGUUUCCGACAUGAGAAGACGAAGAAGAAACGUGGUAGCUACAGAGGAGGAGAGAUCGAUCUUCAGUCACAUUCGGUUAAGUUUGAGUACUCAGACGAUGAAUGAUGAUCAUUGAUGAGCAAUACACUUGUCUUUAUCUUCAUCUUUGUUUCUCUUUUUAAAUUAUUACCCGCCAUCUCUUUCUUUUGCUCUGCUUAUCUCAAAAUGUAAAACUAUUCGGAUCUAAUUAACCCGGAACUGGGUUCAAGUUUUGCCUGUGUUGA